AUGUACAGCGAAUCAACCCGGAAUUCCCAGUUGAAGUGUCUUUUUGCGCGUCCUGCGACCAUCACGGCACCUCUGAAGUGCGAUGCCGAGUGUCAAUUACCCAGCACUCGUUCGUCGUUGGCAGCCGUGCUCGUAGCAUCCCUGGGCAAGUGGGCGCGCUCAAUUACACUGAAUGGAAACUUCCACAAAGAGUCCUCUAGAAAGAUGUUGUUGAAGUACCUUUUGGCUCCGAUUGCUUUCGCAAUGGCAGCGGUCCCAAAUGAAGAGGCAUCAAUUUCGAAGGAUGUUGAUUUCAAGUUGAUUGUUACGGUGGCUGAGAAAUUCCAGAAACCUAUCAUAGCUGCUUGCAACAAGAAUGGGGUUCAAGAAGUUAUUAACGAUUUAGAUGAAAUCUACAAGCCCGUCGUUGAGAUCUCAAACAAGUUCCAUCUUAUUGAAAAGCUUGGGAAAAACUUGAUUUUUGGCGAAGCUCGAGUCUUUUUCGGUUUCAUAAAAGUUUUCGAAGUGAUACUUCGAGCCAUCUCGCAGCACUCCAAGGUUUUUGAUGGCACUCACCAAAAGCUGCCGGAGUUUGAACCCAAGUUGGAUCUCAUCGUCUCGAACUUCAAGAAGCUUGAGGUAGACUUCCACAGUGCUCUCGAUGGAUUCAGAAUUGACGUUGCCCUCUGGGCCCGUUUUGGCUUCAAGUUCCAGCACAAGAUCGGGGUUUGA